UCCGGUUGGGCGGUGCUUUCGCGUGUGAGCUGAGCCGGUGGGUGAACCGCGGCCACCGUGACUUGGGCUGUGAGGCUGCGAGAAAGAUCCGAUUAUCAUGGACCUGCGACAGUUCCUUAUGUGCUUGUCCCUGUGCACAGCCUUUGCCUUGAGCAAGCCCACAGAAAAGAAGGACCGUGUACAUCAUGAGCCUCAACUUAGCGACAAAGUUCACAAUGAUGCUCAGAGUUUUGAUUAUGAUCACGAUGCCUUCUUGGGUGCUGAAGAAGCAAAGACCUUUGAUCAGCUGACACCAGAAGAGAGCAAGGAAAGGCUUGGAAAGAUUGUAAGUAAAAUAGAUGGCGACAAGGACGGGUUUGUCACUGUGGAUGAACUUAAAGACUGGAUUAAAUUUGCACAAAAGCGCUGGAUUUACGAGGAUGUAGAGCGACAGUGGAAGGGGCAUGACCUCAAUGAGGACGGCCUCGUUUCCUGGGAAGAGUAUAAAAAUGCCACCUACGGCUACGUUUUAGAUGAUCCAGACCCUGAUGAUGGAUUUAACUAUAAACAGAUGAUGGUUAGAGAUGAGCGGAGGUUUAAGAUGGCAGACAAGGAUGGAGACCUCAUUGCCACAAAGGAAGAGUUCACAGCGUUCCUGCACCCUGAGGAAUAUGACUAUAUGAAAGACAUAGUAGUGCAGGAAACAAUGGAGGAUAUAGAUAAGAAUGCUGAUGGUUUCAUUGAUCUAGAAGAGUAUAUUGGUGACAUGUACAGCCAUGAUGGAAAUGCAGAUGAGCCAGAAUGGGUGAAGACAGAGCGAGAGCAGUUUGUUGAAUUUCGAGAUAAGAACCGUGAUGGGAAGAUGGACAAGGAAGAAACCAAAGACUGGAUACUCCCCUCAGACUAUGACCAUGCAGAGGCAGAAGCUAGGCACCUAGUCUAUGAGUCAGACCAAAAUAAGGAUGGCAAGCUUACUAAGGAGGAGAUUGUUGACAAGUAUGAUUUGUUUGUGGGCAGCCAGGCCACAGAUUUUGGGGAGGCCUUAGUACGACAUGAUGAAUUCUGAGUUGCAGACAGAGGAACCCGUGUUUCUUCAAAAGUAAUUUAUUUUUACAGCUUUUGUUUUCACAUGAAAUUGUUUGCGCUACUGAGACUGUUAUUACAAACUUUUUAAGACAUGAAAAGGCGUAUGAAAUAAUGAAAAUCAUCCCGUCCCCAUUCCUCCUCCUCUCUAAGGGACUGGAGGGAACUGCUUCUGAGGAACAACUCUAAUUAGUACACUUGUGUUUGUAGAUUUACACUUUGUAUAAUGUAUAACAUGGUGUGUUUAUUUUUGUAUUUGUUCUCUAUUGGGAGUAUGAUAUGAAGGAUCAAGAUCCUCAACCCACACUUGUAGGCAAAAAUUAGCCCUUUACUCUUUCUCAACCCCUUAURUAAUUUUUAUAAUUCUCAUUUAACUAAUAUUUUAAGCCUGAGAUCAAUAAGAAGUGUUGAGAAAAGCAAGGAAAAUUAUAUGCUCCAUGAUUUAUAUUUAGAGAGAACACUUAAUCUUGCCUAUGAAAAGUCUUACAUUUCACAUGUAGUAGUCUGGCAUUUCAUGUUGCAUUCAGUUGCUAUGGGUUCAGCAAUUGGUCCUGCCAUUUCUGGUCAGGGACAGAAUCCCUGUGCUCUAAGAAAGCUUGGCUCAACUUGACUUUAUUCUUUUUUCCCCUGUAGAACUAGUUACUUGCUAAUUUUGUCAAGCACAGCUGUGAUAGGAAGUUAGGGCCAGUGUCUUGAAAAUCAAUCAAGUAGUGAGUGCAGUCUCUUUACAGAGUUAAUUCUAGCUUUUUAUAGAGCAGUUUCCAGCUAGAAACAGCUGGAAAACUAAAGGAACAAUAUAAGUGUGUUCAGGGCAUACAUUUUUUUCUGGGUGUGCAUCUGUUGAAAUGCUCACAACAACAUUAUUUGCCUGUUGAAAUCACUUUAAGUUCUCCAGGAGGCUCUUCUUCCCCAGGAAUUAAUCUUGAUGUCAUUGCAGUUAAAAUUCACUCCUUGCC